AUCCCAACUCUCAUUGAAGAAUUAAUUACUGUGGCCAUUUGGAAGCAAAAAAUCUUCCCUAUACUAUGCAAACUGGAGGAUUUCAAACCAAAAAGCACCUUUCCCUUGUAUUUAGUGCUGCGACAUGAAGCUGCAAUUAUUAAUUUCUUGGAGACAGUAUUUUUUCACAAGGAAAUCUGUGAAUCAGCAGAGGAUACCAUUCUGGAUUUAAUAGAUUAUACCCAUAGGAAACUAACUCUGUUAGCAGCUCAAAGUGCCAAUGGGAAGAUACCAUUUGAACAAAAGUUUCAACCUGAGGUUCUUGCCAGUCUUUCAUCAAUGCAGGAACUAAAGAAGCAAGCUGAAAUGAUGGAGUUUGAGAUCUCACUGAGAGCUCUUUCAGUGUUCCGUUUCAUUACUGAUGGGAUAGAGAGUUUGCCAGUAAGUGCUGUGACAAGAAUGUUGAAUACCCACAAUUUUCCAUGCCUUCUGGUGCAGCUGUUAGAGCACUGUCCAUGGACCAAUCUUGAAGGAGGAAAGUUGAAGAAAUUUGAGAACGGUUCAUGGUAUGAAGUUGCCCCUGAAGACCGCAUGAAGAUGACUAAAUUGGAUGGGCAAGUGUGGCUCUCUCUUUAUAACCUACUCCUUAGCCCAGAAUGCCAGCGCAAGUACGAAUUCAAUAACUUUAACAAAGGCCAGCUCCUCAAGCUUCGUGCCUUCCUGACGGAUGUUCUUGUUGACCAAUUUCCCAAUCUUUUGGAGAUGCAGAAAUUCCUGAGCCAUCUGGCUGUAACAGAUCCUACUCCACCCAAGAAGGACCUCAUACUGGAGCAGGUUCCUGAAAUCUGGGAUCAAGUAGUCAGAAAAAACUCUGAAAAAUGGCAAGCAAUUGCCAAGCACCAAGUAAAUAAUAUGUUUAGUCCUUCAGAAGAGGAGCUGAAAAACGAGGCUUAUAGAUGGGCAAAGACAUAUAACCUGGAUGUAAUGGAAGCCCUAAUUCCAAAUAAACCCAGGUGUGCAAUGUGUGGCUCUGAAGCCUCAAAACGCUGUUCCCGUUGUAGGAACGAAUGGUAUUGCAAACGAGAGUGUCAAGUGCAGCACUGGCAAAAGCACAAGAAAGCUUGCAACUUGAUUGCUGAUACAAUGAAGAAAAUACAGGAAGAUAUCCAGAUGCAAGCAACAUCCAUUAAGUAAUUCUGAUAGUCAGGAAAAAAAUCUCAUUUAACAAAUAUACAACACUCAGAAUGAUAGAGUUUAAAAAAGGCCACCAGGUUGAUAACUAAUAAAAUACACAGAUAGUUUUUUUUUAAAGCAUUUGAUUUAACAAAUGUCAGCCAAAAAAUCUUAGAAAAAAAACAUAGUUCUCGAAUUCUAGGAGAUAAGUCGUAGUAGAGAACUAUUUCUAAGGUAAGUUCUCUCCCUUAUGAAUAUCACUGUCUUAUAUAUAUAUAUAUAUAUAUAUCUCCUAGAUUUUAGAUGACAGUAUGCUGGAAUGCUCAAGCAUUGGUGUCAGGUGCUGAAUUUCCUAUGAAUUUGGAAAAGUUACGUUUGAUUAUAAAUGGAGAUGUUUUUUUGUUUGUCAUUCAAGUUUCUUUAGCUUCUAAGGCUUAUGUUGUAGUUUACCUAAUGCUACGUACCUUUCCUAUGGUAUAUAUGCUUAACUAGUAUUUAUGCCUCAGUGAAUAACAUCAUAAUUAAUGAAAUUGACUUGUAAGACUUCUUCCUUCUUAAAAACAGAAAUAGCUUGCAACCAUUAGAGAACAAAAGCCUAUGUCUUAAAUUUAAAAGGGCCUUUUUGGUUCAAUUAUAUUGCUAACUUAAAAGACAGAGAUCUCCUAAGCUGUUUGCAUAACUAUUUGUGCAUUGUUGGAGACUGUCAAAAUCUGAUUUUGUUGUAUCAGUUUUUUCAUUAGGACAAGAAUUUUAAUAUACUAGUUCAAUCUUCUGCUUUCAGUUCUGUAAAAUCACAUUGAUACAUAAGUCUGGUCUGAAGAAUUUACUUAUAGUCUUAUGACCAGUAGUUUCACAAUUACAUUAGUUUCUAAAUUAAGAGCCUAAUAUUUUGGAAACUAAUAUAGCAAAUUCUUUGUCUUUACAAAAUUAACUGGACUUGUGUGCAUUGUACACGAUUUAUAGGCAGACAUAUUGUAGCCUAAUAAGCAUUUUAAAAGAAUAAUAUAUAUUGCUGGAAUGGAUGAGUAGAACUUGAAAAUGGGUCGGAAUACGUAAUUCCUGCUCUUCUCAAAUCACCAGCCACUUAUGCAGCGUUCCUGUAUAAUUUCAAAUUUGUAUUUUCAAGGAUUAGUUAUUUGUAUUGGUAGGAAAUUGUUUAUCCUUAACUGGUUCCAGUUAUAUCAAUAGAACAAUAAAGUACAAUUAAAGUUCUCUGAACAAGCCUUGAUAUUUGCAAAUUAUAUGCUCUAUCAAACAUUUGUGUUGUGGAAAUGAGAAGGGUGAAGAGGUUGCCUUGUCGACUGCACUACAGUUUCUGAAUUAUAUGAAUGUUUGAUUACAUUUUUUUUCCAUGUCAGAAGAACUGGCUUUGAGGGAAGAGAAGGGGAAAGGAUGUGGUAAAUUAAGAAUUUCAGUUUAGUGAGCUGUAUGGUUUCACAAUUAAUGGUAUAUCACAUGAUAUUUUCCAUGCUAGUGAGAAAGCUGACUCUGUUAUUUAGUUCUUAUUUUGUUAACAAAAGAACACUAAUAAUCUGCUAUAUAUGAGUUUUCAUGCUGCUGAAUAACUAAUAAACUUAUGGGGGAAAAACACAGGAAAUGGAAUACAAUUCUAAAUGGAAAAUGUUUAAUAUCUCUUCUUAAUUUUUCUAAGAUCUUUAAUAACACAUUUUAGUCUAUUUCAUAGCCCUCUAGCUUUUUUUCUUCUUAAUAAAGUUGUGAUAUU